GCCGAAGGCGAGGCUUGCCGCGAGAGCGUCGACGAAGACUUCGCUCGCGCCCGACAGUUCUUGCACGCCGAGCAGCAGGAGUACCAGCAACGCAUCGCCGAUGCUCGGCAUGAGGCGACUGUCCUCAUCCAGGCAGGGCUCAACGAGUACGUGGUCGAGCGCGAUGCCGCACUAGCCACAGUCGGCGAGAUCCGCGUUGCUGAGUCGGUCAUAUCAGCAGCUGAGGCUUCUCUCGAAGUUAAGGCUGGUGAAGCUGAGGAAGCACUUCGAGGCGAGGCCGCUGAGUUGCUUGGUGCCCGCGAUCGGCUGCAGGAUGAGUGGCAGCAGGCCGACGCAGAGGUCCGGCGUCAGCGAGGCCACAACGCCGAGGACCACGCCCAGCUUCGCGAGGAGGCCCAGCAGCUCGAUCUGAAGUUGCAGGAAGAGUCCGAGAUUGCUGAGUUGGCGGCCGAGGCCGAUGCGGCCAGGCAAGUUGCAGCAGCCCAGGCCGAUGCAGACGCCAGAGUGGCCGCUGCUCAGCAUGCGGAGGUCGAGUGCCAGCGCGCCGCUGAUUCGGCCAGGGUCAACUUCUUCGCCAGCCAGGCGCUCCAUCACACCGGGCGGGGUCGCUACUUGGAGGAGAUCGCCGAGGCGCAGACGGAGGCCGGGGAGUUGCGGGCGGAGAAGGCCGCGCUAGCGGAGGCUUCCCAGGAGCUGGUCCAGAUGCAGUCCGCCGAGUUUCAGGGCGACGUGCAGCUUGACGCGGAGGACGAGGACGAGGACUUCGACUUCGCGAGCCACGGGCCUGCGUGUAAUCAGCCGCCGCCAGGCCUUCCAGCACGUCCGGCUGCUUCGUCGAGUUCGCCGCCGCCAGACGCAGGCGUCGCUGGGGCGAUGCUGGCGUUCAUGGAGCAGAUGGCGGAGCAGCAGCGGGCAGGCGCCGAGGAGCAGCGUGCGCUGCUGGCUGGGCUUGCGCGCGCUCAGGAGAACUUGGCGGAUGCCCAGCGGGGGUCGGCAUGGAAGCUGAAGCCGGCGAAACCAGUCCUGACAGCGUCCGACGCCGCGACCUUGAAGGUUCAGCUCGAGAAGUCAAAGAUCUACCAGAACGAGUCGCGCCAGGCGAGCAAUGCUAUCUGGAUUGAGGGCGCGCGGGCGAUUGCAGAGGGCGCGGCGAAGAUCGAGAUGGAGGACUCGAUCGUGACCGAUUUGGGCGGCGAGGACGCGUGCCGGGCACUGCUGGAGGGGCGCUCCAACCCCAGGUGGGAGGCGAUCUGGAUCAAGCACGUCAGGCGCUCGAAG